AUGGCCUUACUAAUUUUCUGGCUAUUGUCGGGAAGCGCGGUUUGUCCUGACCUUUCUGAUCAAAAGCGUCCACGGCGUCUGGGCAAUCUUGCCGAAGUGGUACCUCAAACUCCCACGAGUUUUCGAAGUCGGGAUAUCCCCGACACUUCCCCAGAUAUGGGGUCUGACCCUGGUGACGUCGUCAUCCCACUAGACGUUUCACGUGAUAGUGGACGUCACCGUUCUCAUCGGGAAAAGUCGGUGGUGGGUGGUGACGACCGGGUCGACCGCCGUCCGGCGACUCGUGAUGCUCUUCGAGCCCUUGAGGAUGAGAUCCUUCGUGAUCGGAGCUCCGCUGAGGAUCAUGCUGAAGUAGCAUAUCGCUGUGCGGACGAUCUUGACGAUUUGAAGCACGUCGUAUGCCGGCUGCCUCACCUUGAGGACUACUUCGCCCUGUCGGAGCGAUUCCUAGCCGUGGAGCAGGCGAAUGCGUCGCUGCAUGUGACGGUGGAGCGUUUGGUGCCAUUGGAAAUGCUACGACACGUUCGCGAUGCGAUGGCUGAAAGCCAAGACCUGCAAAAAGAUUAUGCAGAUAAAAAAGGAAGAGGCAAAGUAGAAAGCUUUAAAGUCGGGGUUUUCAUUAAAUUCUAA